GGCACAGUGGGCGGGGCUUAUAGUGACAACUAACCGAAGAAUAACAAAAACAAACACAACACGGACGGAGGGGGUUCCGGGGACGGGCGUAAACCAUGGAGUCUUCCUCUGAUGAAGAGGAGGCGCGCACCUUCAUCCGAGUGCUCAGCGAGAAAUACCACCCUGAGAAUUUCCCCUACGGCCAAGGAGUGGUGGUUAUGCCCAGCCCACCAGGAUCCCCCGUCAAAGAUCGCCUGUUCCUGCCCAGCAUCCUCGUCCUGAAUUACUGUGGGAUCAGUAAAGCCGGCGAGCGGUCAGACAUCGCAGCUUUCUGUGGCCAUGUGGUGGAGCUGGACCUGUCCCACAAUCAACUCAACGACUGGACAGAGAUCUGCACCAUUGUGUCCAGCAUCCCCCACCUGGACUUCCUCAAUCUGAGCAUGAACCCUCUGAGCAGCACGGAGCUGGAGCCCAGCAUGGCCGACGUUUUCUCCAGAGUCCGGCAGCUCGUCCUCAACAACACACACGUCAGCUGGGACACGGUGCACACGCUCACUCAGCACACGCCAGAAUUAGAGGAGCUGUUCCUGUGCCUGAAUGACUACAACACGGUGUCAGAAUCCCAGACGUCCUGUCCGUCCCUGCGCCUCCUGCAGAUCACAGACAACCAGCUGCAGGACUGGGCAGAUGUGAGGAAGUUCGGGAGGAUGUACCCGAGUCUGAGAACGCUCGUGCUGGCCAACAACAGUGUGGACUCUGUGAACGACACUCAGGAAACACUGCAGCGCCUGUUCCCCAACCUGCGCUGCAUCAACCUCAGCAACUCAGGGCUCAGUAAGUGGGAGGACAUUGCAAGACUCAAUUUGUUCCCUAAGCUGGAGGAAGUCAAAGCAAUGGGGAUUCCUUUGUUGCAGCCUUACACCACCCACGAGAGACGCAGCCUCCUUUUAGCACAGCUGCCGUCCGUAGGGGUGUUAAAUGGAGGUAAGGUGUCUGAUGGAGAGAGGGAGGAUGCAGAGAGGUUUUUCAUCAGGUACUACCAGGACUGCCCGGAACAGGAGCUUCCCGAGAGGUCCCCACAUUCAUCCAUACUCAGGCUGUGGCUCAGUUGUAUUUUUUAUUUUGUUGAGUAUUUGGCUAGCACUAAGGAUAUCCUGUAUCCAUAUGGACCUGGCACUAGAGAUCUAGAGACCCCAAAGAUGGAUGAUGGAAGUUCUCCUGAAGUUACUUUGCUCAUUUCCUUCAUUUUCUUCAAUAUCCCGUACCGUUCCAUCUAUAUCAACAACAAUGGUGUCAUCUCCUUCAAUGUGCAAGUAAGCCAGUUCACACCUGAGGCUUUCCCCCUGAGUGACAGCAGAUCAUUCAUUGCUCCACUUUGGGCAGAUGUGCACAACGGCAUUCGAGGAGAUGUUUACUACCGAGAGUCCACCGAACCAGAAAUACUGGAGAGGGCGACACAAGAUGUGCGGAAGUACUUUAAGACUCACCCCGGCUUUACGGCAACCUGGGCCUUUAUUUCAACAUGGCACCAAGUCACCUUCUACGGUGGAAGCCAGACAACCCCGGUGAACACGUUCCAAACUGUACUAAUCUCAGAUGGCGUGACGUCCUUCAGCAUGUUUAACUAUGGAGAAAUCACAUGGAGCACAGGAACAGCCAGUGGUGGAGAUCCUUUAACAGGACUGGGUGGUACUACGGCUCAGUCAGGUUUUAAUGGAGGAGACAUUGGUCACUUCUUCAAUCUGCCGGGAUCACGUUCCAAUGAUGUAGUGAACAUUGAACAGACAACCAAUGUAAAUACCCCUGGACGCUGGUUCUUCCGUGUAGACACUGAACUGAUAGAUCCUGCCAAUGGAUGCAGCUUCAAUGGGCGUUUUUACAGACGAGGAGAGAUCUUCUGGUUGUCUGACCAGUGUUCUCAGAAGUGUCGCUGUCUUGACAUCGACAACGUGGUUCAGUGCCAAGAGGCUCCUUGCGGGCAGCUGGAGAUCUGCGAGCAGCAAGAUGGGGCAUUUUACUGCCAGCCGACCCGCACUAGCACUUGUGUGGUAUUUGGAGACCCUCAUUACCACACCUUCGAUGGCUUCCUCUAUCACUUCCAGGGUACCUGCUCUUACCUGUUGGCUCGACCGUGUUGGGAGGUGGCGGGGCUGCCCUUCUUCAGUGUGGAAGCCAAAAAUGAGAACCGUGGUAUCACCUCUGUCUCUUGGCUUAGAGAUGUCACGGUGGAUGUGUAUGGUCAUCGAGUCACGUUACCCAAAGGCAGCUUUGGAAGAGUCCAGGUGGAUGGCUUGAUGAAGACCUUGCCGGUCCAGCUCCAACUUGGCGCUAUUAGGGUAUACCAGUCUGGGCUUGCAGUUGCAUUAGAAACCGACUUUGGACUCUUGGUAUCCUAUGAUGGCCAACACUAUGCAUCCAUCUCCCUACCCAGCUCUUACUUCAACAAUACCUGUGGCCUUUGUGGUAACUACAACGAUGACCCGGCUGAUGACCCUGUUCUUCCUGAUGGCUCUUUGGCAGAAAGUGUUGUGGAAUUAGGGGGCGGCUGGAGGGCAGAAGACACAGACUGGAGGUGUACAGAUGGUUGUGCUCAGAACUGCAGCAUGUGUGACCCUACUACAGAAGCUUUCUACUUUCGCUCAGACUACUGUGGGCUCAUCAACAAAACCGACGGACCUUUUAGGGACUGCAGAGCUGUGGUGGACCCGACAGCCUUUGUGUACAGCUGUGUAUACGACAUGUGCAACAACAGGGAUAAUAUCACAACACUCUGCCAAGCCAUUCAGGCUUACGCUUUGGCCUGCCAAGCUAUUGGUGUCACAAUACGACCCUGGAGAUCUCGCACCUUCUGUGCUUCAUCUUUGUCAUGCCCCGAGUUCAGCAAUUACCAAGUGUGCACAAGUGCCUGCCCAGCCUCGUGCUCAGACCUGACUGCCCCCUUGUAUUGUGCUCACCCUUGCACUGAGGGAUGCCAGUGUGACCAAGGCUACGUUCUAAGCGGCAGCCGUUGUGUACAGCGUGAAGACUGUGGCUGUGAACAUAACGGCCUCUAUUACCCCCUCAAUAACACUUUCUGGGCAGGCCCCAGUGGUGAAGAAGGUGAAUGCACUCUCCGCUGCACCUGUGGACCCGCUGGAGAAGUCACCUGUUUCAAUGAGUCUUGUAAGGACGGUGAGGUGUGUGUAGCAGAGGUUGGCUUACUUGGUUGCUACCCUCGAAGGGAGGGAGUGUGCUCAAUCACCCAAAACUCUGUAACAUCCUCCUUUGAUGGCACCUUCCUGCUGUUCCCGGAUGACAGCUCAUACUACCUGUUGAAACUGUGUGCUGCAGUACCAGCCAAUGGUUCAAUGGUGGAGGUUAAGAUAGGCAGGCGACUAGUGAACAAAGGACCUGCUUGGAAAAGGCCUGUUGUAGUAACAGUUGCUAACAUGGAAGCACAGAUGGGAGGGUUAGAUUUUGAUACAGUAAAGGUGAAUGGAGAACUAGUUGCGCUCCCAUAUGUUCAUCCAUUGGAGACUAUGAUGAUCUACAGAGCACCAGGUAAUGCUACAGUGGUGGAGUCCCAUGGUCUGCUUCGUGUCCACUACACACGCCAGGGAUUUGUAAACAUCUCCCUCUCCACCAUCUUCUACAAUGUUACUUGUGGUCUAUGUGGCGUCUUCAAUAGCAACUCCACUGAUGACCUCCGCCUUCCAAAUGGACGCCUGGCGGAGUCUACUGAGCAGUUCACAGAUGGCUGGCGGGCCAUUGCCGAUGACCUUACCUGUAAUGGUGACUGUGACGACCUGUAUCGAAUGUGCACAGACUUGCGUCUCUAUCAGAGUCCUUGGAUGUGUGGGAACAUUAAUGACCCUGGGAAUAGUUCAUUUCUGGCCUGUCAUGCAGUGGUCAACCCCUCACCGUUCUUCAGGAACUGCUUAUAUAACAUGUGUGUGAAGCAAGGGAAUCGUUCAGCCUUGUGUUCUUCACUGCAGGCUUAUGCCAGCGCAUGUCAGGAUGCUCAAGUGGGUCUAGCCUCCUGGAGGAGUGCCGCUAACUGCCCUCUUCCAUGUCCAGAGAACAGUCACUUUGAUGAGUGCACCAGUGCCUGCCCUCUGACCUGUGCCAACUUGGAUGAACCUGAAGAGCCAUGUCCCUUGCCAUGUCAGGAAGGCUGUCAGUGUGAGGAAGGGUUUGCACUGCGCGAUGGCCAGUGUGUGGCACGCAGUGACUGUGGCUGCAGCAGCCACGGGCGCCAGUUGGCCACUAAUCAGACUUUCUGGACGGAUUGGGAGUGCCAGGAGCGCUGCUACUGUAACGGCUCUGACAAUAGUGUGUACUGUCAGCUCGCACCCUGUCACUCUGAGGAGUACUGUCAGGAGAACGACGGCCUAUAUUUCUGCCAGCCGCGCACCGAGGCCCUGUGUGUGGCAGCUGGUUACGGGCAUUUUCUGCCAUUUGCUGGUGUACCAUUUGAGCUGCAGAGCUCUUGCACUCUUAGGAUGGCUACAACCAACUGUGGGAGAGAAAGCAGGGACUCCACAACCAUCAGUGGAACCUUUCCUCAAUUUAAACUGGCAGCUCGUAAUGAGGAGAGGGACACGGGGCAGGCAAUUUGGGUGAGGGGUUUUGUCCUGGAGGUAUACGAGUUUGAGAUCGAAGUGUCUCGAAGCUACAAGAACACUGUCACGGUGAAUAAGGAGCGUUUGUACCUUCCUCUGAAGCUGGGUCCAGGAAAAAUCCACGUCUUCACCUUGGGCAUGCAGCUCAUCCUGGAGACAGAUUUUGGCCUAAAGGUGGCCUUCGACUGGAACACUCUGCUCCUGUUGACUUUGCCCCGUGACCUCUACAACACCUGCUGUGGUAUGUGCCAAGGCAUGUCCUUAUCCCCACCCACUUUUACCACCACUGACUGGGGCAUGACCUGGGCAGAGCGGGACACCUUCUGCCAGGUGGGCUGUGGAGACUCCUGCCCCCGCUGCGAUGGACUGUAUGUGUUUGUGGAGCCCGAGGCGGUGAUGCUGUGCGGGCUGAUUGUGGAUCGAGCCGGUGUGUUUGCACGUUGCCACAGCAAGGUGGCCCCAGCGUUCUUUUAUCAGAGCUGCCUGCAAGACACCUGUUUGGACCAGGGAGCUCAGGAUACAAUCUGUAACUGGCUGCAGAUAUAUGCCAGCACAUGUCAGACCCAAGGAGUGCCUGUUACCGGCUGGAGGAGUGACACACCGUGUGUCCAGAGCUGCCCACCUAACAGCCACUACUCCAGUUGUGUAUCAGUUUGCCCGCCACAAUGCGCCCCCGCCCGCGGACAGAGGGACUGCAGCCAGGACUGUGUGGAGGGCUGCCAGUGCGACCUGGGCUUCGUGCUCAACGGCAAGAGCUGCAUCCUGCCACAAAACUGUGGCUGCUACACUGAUGGCAAGUACUAUGAGCCCAAACAGCUGUUUUGGAACAGUGACUGCACCAAACGCUGCCAGUGCAUCGGACGAAACCUGGUCCAGUGUGACCCUCGCCGUUGUAAAGCAGAGGAGGAGUGCAUGCUGCGGUACGGAGUAAGGGGCUGCUUUGCACGGCGGUCCCAGCACUGCGUGGCUUCUGGCGGUGGAGUUUUCAGGACCUUUGACGGGGCAUCGCUGCGCCUCCCGGCCUCCUGCUCCUUCGUCUUGUCCACUAACUGUCACAAGCUGCCUGACCUCUCCUUCCAGCUGAUCGCCAACUUUGACAAGUGGAGCACACCAAACCUCACCACCAUCUCUCAUGUCUACCUUUACAUCAAUGAGGAGAAUAUACUCAUCUCUGGUAACACUGUCAAGGUCAAUGGUACACCAGUAUCAGUACCGUUUGUAACCGGGCUGAUGACACGUCUGUCCACAUCUGAGGGUUUUAUCGUCAUCGACACACCACAGGACAUCCAGGUGCGGUACAACCACUUUAACACCCUGAGCAUCACAAUGGGCCAGCGGCUUCAGAACAAGGUGUGCGGCCUCUGCGGGAACUACAACGGAGACCCCAGUGACGACUACAUCACCUCCAGAGGCAAGCCGGCUGUGAGCGCCCUGGAGCUCGCCCAGAGCUGGAAGACCAACGGUAUGCAGAACAGCUGUGAUGAAACCCAGUACGUGGCUCUGGCCCAGUCCUGUGAUAACACGGCGGUGGCGGCCCUACAAGGUGAAGACGCCUGCCAGAAGCUCACCCAGCCGAAGGGUUUCUUCCAGCCGUGUCACGGCCUGCUGGAUCCGCGGCCCUUCUACCAGUCCUGCUACCUGGACGGCUGCUACAAUCACCACAGAGCGCAGGUCUGUGGCUCGCUGGCGGCCUACGCGGAGGCCUGCCGCUCCCUGGGGACCCUCACCACCAAGUGGAUCACCCAGGAGAACUGCUCAGAAUGGAUCUACGAUCCCUGUGCAGGAGAGAUCUGCACAAACUUCACCUGUGAGCUGGAGAACGGAGGUGACCUGUGUGGCUGUCCCGAGUUACCCACCAGCAAUGGUGAUGAUGAUAUAAUCCAGGCGGAGGUGACCUGUAAGCAUGCUAAGAUGGAGGUUUCCAUCUCAAAGUGUAAACUCUUCCAGCUGGGCUUUGAGCGAGAGGACGUCAGGAUCAACGAUGAGCACUGCCCCGGCAUCGAGGGAGAGGACUUCAUCUCCUUCCACAUCAACAACACAAAGGGACACUGCGGCUCCAUCGUACAGUCCAACAGCACACACAUCAUGUACAAGAACACGGUGUGGAUAGAGAGCGUGAACAACACCGGGAACGUCAUCACGAGAGACAAGACCAUCAACGUGGAGUUUUCCUGCGCGUAUGAACUGGACCUGAAGAUUUCUCUGGAGACGGUCCUGAAGCCCAUGCUCAGUGUGAUAAACCUCACCUUGCCGACCCAGGAGGGAAACUUCAUCACCAAGAUGGCGCUCUAUAAGAACAACUCGUACCGGAAUCCGUACAGGGAGGGGGAGGUGGUGCUCAGCACGCGGGACAUCCUGUUUGUCGGGGUGUUUGUGGAGGGAGCGGAUGAAAACCAGCUCAUCCUCAUAGUGAACAUGUGCUGGGCCACGCCGUCUCGCUACAGCAGCGACCGACUCCGCUACAUCAUCAUAGAGAGAGGGUGUCCGAACAUUAAGGACAACACCAUCGGCAUGGCGGAAAACGGAGUCUCUCUCACCUGCCGCUUCCACGUCACCGUCUUUAAGUUCAUCGGGGAUUACGACGAGGUCCACCUCCACUGCGACGUUUCGCUGUGUGACUCAGAGAAAAACGCCUGCAAAGUGAACUGUCCACACAAGAGGAGGAUGUACUCAGAGGACAGCGACCAUAAACAGCACAUACUGAGCGUGGGGCCCAUAAGAAGGAGAGAGUCUGACUGGUGCGAGGUGGGCAACGGAGGCUGUGAGCAGAUCUGCUCCAGUAAGAUGUCUGGACCCAUCUGCAGCUGUGUGACCGGGAUGCUGCAACGAGACGGGAAGAGCUGCAGGGCUGUGAGUUCCAGCGGUAAAUCCACACCUGCAGUUUUCCUGCUCGGCAUCAGCGCUGCGAUCUGCAUGCUCCUGACUCGUAUUUAUACUCCCUUCUCCUAACACCCUGUGAGCAAAGGAGGGGCAGCACAAUUAAAGAUACAACACACACACACACACACACACACACACACACACACACACACAUACA